AUGGAAGAUGUUGAUUUACAAUCCUCUUUGUCAGUUCAGUCAUUCGAUGAAUCUAAAGAAAGCAAUAAUGAAUUACUUGAAAAACCAAAAUAUUUUGAAUUAGAAAAAGUAAUUGAAAUUAAAGAAGAAUCUGAUGAUAUUAAAAUUGAGGUUAUAUACAGCGUUUGUCUUGUAUUAAAUGAUUCAGGAAAAAAUUGUAAUACACGAUUGAGGAUAAUAGGCAGAUCAACCUCAAAUUUAAUAUCUCAUUUAACAAACACGCAUGCAACAUUAAGUAUUUCAAGUGCAUCUGAAGCAAGAAAAGACGCAAGAAGGUUAAAAGAAAUACAAUUAACUGAUAAUGAGUGGGAUUUGAUGCGAGAUAUUGUUAAUAUUUUGGGUCACUUCUUUGAAGUUACAGAAUUACUUGGUAGUUCCGAAUAUGUUACAUUUUCCUAUAUGAUUACCUCCAUUUUAGGAUUGAUGGAUAAGUUGGAUUGCUCUAUAGACUAUUUAGAUGAAUCGAAUAAUAUAAAUUUUGAAAUGCCUGACCUAGUAUUCGACAAUAAUGUUGAAUUUGUUGAUUCACAGGAAGAAGAAGAAAGUGGUCCUAAAGGAAGAAAAAUUAAAAUCAAUACACCUAUUGACGAUUUUUCAGAUGAAGAAUUAUUCCUUGCAUACCUUCUGGAUCUGAGGUUUAAAAAAUUAAGAUUUGCAACAUCAACUCAACAACUCCAGGUGAAAGCUGCUCUUCGAGAAAAAUAUAAUAAUAUUAAAUCACUUCAAUCUUCACUAACCCUAACAAACCAGCCUUUAGAUUUUAAUGAACAACUUUUAGCUGAAAAUAAUCAGAGGGAAUGCCAAAUCUAUCAAAAAACAUUCAUCAAAUCACUUUUUAUGCAAAAUACUGUUGAUGAGCCAAUUGAUGAAAUUAGUCAUUAUCUUUCUUUACCUGAAAUUUCCUACAAUCAUAAUCCUUUUCACUGGUGGAAUACUCAAAAGACUUCUCUUCCUCUUUUAAGUGAGCUUGCAAGACAGUAUCUUGUGAUACCCGCGACCUCAACUCUGAGUGAGCGACUUUUCAGCGAUGCAAACAAUAUAAUAACUGUUAGAAGAAUGAUGCUAAAACCAAAAUUAUUUGAACGAAUGUUAUUUUUAAAAUGA